UGUUUUUUAAAAUUCUCAACUCUUCUAAACCACUGUGCACAAGAACGACGGCUUAACUUUCCUUUUCACUUCCCAGUUUCUUCUCUUCGAAUUUUGGCGCCUUGCAAAUCCUGAACGCGUUGCUUCUACUUGAUACUCUCUGUUAUUGCCCUCUGAUUCCACUCUUUCUGCAAUAUUCUUCGCAUCGUCGUUCUUGAAAAAUUGAUAACAUGAAUGGGAGGUUUCCAUAUGGAAAUAACUGGGACGAUAUAUCAUUUAGAGAUUGGGGUCAGAGCCAGUUUAACUACUAUGGUCAAGUUCCUCAUCAUGGUAGGGAUUUCCACCAUGGUGGUGGUACAUAUGUACCUCGUAAUGGUUGGGAUUUGCACUCUGCUGGUGGUAAAUAUGUGCCUCAUCAUACUCCUGAACCAACUAUUCCUGCUCUUGGACCAUUACACCGGCCACAACCAAGGCUAAAUUGUAAAAUUUGUGAUGUUAAGUUGUCUGGUUACAAAAGUAUUGAAGAACAUAAUCUUGGAAAGAAACAUCAAAGAAUGUUGAAGCUACGCGAGGAAACUGAUACACGAAGAAUAUCAAAUGGGCAGAUUCCAAAUUCUCAAGUGGAUUUAGCAGGUCAACCUAAGAGAAUUCUGAAAUCUGGGGAAAAUGGAUGCGCAGAAAUAAAAGUGAUUUCUGAAGCUACUGCUGCCAAGCAUAAGAAUUAUGUGCGGAAAGAUAAAGGGGUUACUCCUGAAGUUCCGGCUGAUGGGAAACCUAGGAAUAAUACUAGCACACAGGGUGGGGUUAAACCUGAAGUUCCAGCCCAUGGGAAACCCAGGGAUGACACAAGUGCACAGAGUUAUAAUUUCAAACGUAAGAUCGAUGGAGCCAAAACUGGUAAAUACAUGAAGACAAAUGAUGGAGCAAGAAGGCCCAUGGAAUCAUCAAAACUUGAUACUAAUUCUCGGUCAGCUUCUGUAAUAUCUCCCAUCCAAAUUCCUGUAUCUGCACCGCACCCAUCUGUGACAUCUCCUGUGAUUACCUCAUUACCUGUAGAGGGAUCAAGUUUCAAAUUUGUACAUCAGCGUAUCUUAACUCUUCAAACACAAGUAUGGGAAGGUAAUGAGAUUCCAAAUCCUACUGUAGAAACAAGAAAUCAUCCACAUGCGGCUUCGUCUUCAAAUAUUAACACCCAACCUAAAGCUUUGUCUUCUGAUUCGGCAGCAAAAGUAAUAGAAUCAUCAAAAAUGGGAUACUGUAAAAUUUGUGAGGUUCAUCUACUGCCCCCUUUCAGAACAAAGACUUUAGAAAUACAUAACAAAGGAAAGAGACAUCAAAGAAUGUUGAGAGAUCAAAGAGAGUUGAAACUACAACAGAGAUUAGGGAGUUCAAAUGGGAAAAUUUCAAAUUCUCAUAAGAAUUUGGUAGUUCAAUCUAAGACAGUUCAGAUAACUGAAAUAAAACAGCACACGUUAACAAAUAUGAGUUCUGAGGCUAGUAUUUCGGAGCGGAAGAGCAGAAGAGCCAAAACAGGUAAACACAUAAAGAAGAGCAAUGGGUUAAGAAGACCCAUGGAAUCAUCAAAAGUCAAUAUCAAUUCCCAAUUAAAAUCUGUAGAAUUUCCUGUACAAAACUCAGUACCAGCAUUAGCAGCGCUGCCUGGGCCUGUGGCAUCUCACAUAAUUGCACCAACACUUUUAGUGGAGUCAAGUCUUGAGCCACAAGUUCAACACAUUUCAUCAUUGAAGGCACCUGUAUUAGAGGGCAAUGAGCAUUAUGAGAUUAAAUAUCGAAAUUUAGAAGUGACUGAUCAAUCACAUGCCCCUGCAGAUUCUAAUAUUAAAAUCCAAGCUGAAGAUAUGGGUUCUGAUUCUGCCACAAUGGCAAUAGUACCAUCAGAAGGGUUUAUGACAUCUCAGGUAUUUGCACCAUCCCUGGACGUGGCAUCUAAUUUUGAACCUCAAACUCAACAUGUUUUACAGACAUCUGUGUUAGGAAGCAAAGAAUUUCCAGAGAUUGAUAAUCUCACUUUGAAAACAAAUUAUCAGCCAUCAACAGCAGCAAGAUCAAGUUCUGAACCUCAAAUUGAACAUGUUGUACAUAUUGAAACAGAAUCUCAGUCAUCAGAACGCACAAGUGAUUCUGAGAGCCAUAAUUGUGUUGAUGAGAAAAACAAUCAGCUGGUGCCAUCAGUUCUAGCAGAGUUCAAUUCUCCUUCAUGUCAUCAUGCUAUCAGCCACUCUGCGGAUGGAUGUUCUAAUCAUGAACAAAAGAUGGAUAUUAUCAUGCAUCAGUCAGGGACCACUCAGCAGUCUCAGUUGGCUGUUUGUCUUAAUUGUGGCGAUGUAGGCUUUCAAGAGACACUUGUCUUUUGCAAGAAGUGUCAGGUUUAUGCCAUUCAUAGAUAUUGUUUAGAUGGGCCUGUGAUUUUUACCGCUGAUGUUAAUUGGUUUUGUGAUUGUGAGCCCGAGGUAGUAGAUACAUCUGCAAAAAAUGUCUCUCUAAACUCAGCAAAUAUUUCAUCUCAAAAUAGCAGUGAGAGAGUAAAGAACAAGCAAGGGCUACAAAAUAUGGAAGCUAAAACAAUGGCACUGUUAUCUGACAAUAAUAGCUUGUCUCAUCAUGGGCUGUCUCAAUGCAGUAACAACACUGAAAAGGAAGAGUUUGGGAAAGAGUGUCAACCAGCUCCAAAAGAUGAAGCUAAUAAUACUGAGGGGUCUAUGAUUCUGACUGUUCCACAUCCUAUUGCAGAUCCAGUCUGGAGGGGAAGUCUGCGCCUCUCCUGCCCUAGUAUUCAUACGGUUCUUGGGCUUUUAGCCCAUAUGUCCACUUUAGCAUGUUCCAAAGUUUUGGAGGAGACAAAACUUUUCCCUGAUGUUCUUUGCCCAGACUUGCUCUCAAGAACUGCGGUGUGGCCGAAGUCCUUCAUGAAUUGUGGUCCAAAUGAUGAUAGCAUUGCUCUUUAUUUCUUUCCUGACACUGAAAGUGUUGAGAGGUCCUAUGACAAGCUGGUUGAUCACAUGAUGUCCGGUGACCUCGCCAUAAGAGCUGUGGUUGAAAAUGCAGAUCUUCUAAUUUUUCCUUCCGUGUUACUCCCUAUCCAAUGCCGAAGAUUUCAAGAAAAAUACUACUUGUGGGGGGUCUUCAGAGCAAAAAAGAACUUCACACAAUACAAAUGAUGCGGUGUGUGGAGAGGUUACCAGUGGGCACUAGCCCUUAACUCUUCAGAAACCGAGUCUGCCAAAGACUUUGAGGACUUCUGCUAGUUCAUGUUCUGUCAAUCAUUGAUUCUCAGUGUCUAUACCCAUCGAUUUAUUGAUGCGAAUUAGUACAUUUUGAUAGUCAGUACCUGUUUCUUUGCUCUGUUUGAUAGAACUGGUGUUUUAGAUUUUAGUUAUUAGCCGUUGGCCCAUAACAAAGUUAUAAGGGCUAUCUGUAUAAGUUUUUCUUAAUUUGGUAUAUAAAUGUAUAUCGAUCACAUUGAAAUCUA